AUGGCCGGCUUCCUCGGUGGCGGCGGUAGCGGCUGGAGCUCUGGUGGAGGUGGCGGUAGUCGUGGCUGGAGCUCCGGAGGCAGCGGUGGUGGUGGUUGGAGUGGUGGUGGUGGCGGUGGUAUCUCCUUAUGGCCCAGCAAAUCCUCUUAUAGUAGCGGCGGCGGCGGCAAUGGCUGGCGCUCUUCGGGCGGUUGGUCUGGAGGCGGCGGUGGCGGUGGCGGCGGCUGGCCGGGCAAAUCUAGCUACAGCAGCGGCUGGUCGAGUGGAGGUAGUGGUGGCAGCGGCGGUGGUGGUUGGAAAUUAAGCAGUCUCGGUGGUUCAGGUGGAUACGGUCGUGGCGGCGGUGGUAGUGGUGGUUGGGCGCAAGCGCUAUCUGGUUGGAAAUCGGGUCUCGGUGGUGGCGGCGGUGGCAGUGGCUGGAAGUCAGGUGGUGGCGGUGGUAGCGGCUGGUCACUAGGUGGUGGAGGUGGUGGCAGUAGUGGUGGCGUUUGGAAGAUUAGCAGCGGUGGUGGCAGUGGUGGUUAUGGGGGCGGCUGGCCAUCAAGUGGCAGCAGUGGUUGGUCAUCUGGCGGUGGUGGCGGCGGUUGGAAGUGGUAA